CAGACACGCCCACCCAGACAUGAAACAAAAAGUGAGACUUACACACGCUCUUAACAGUCACACUGUUUUUGGAACCUGAGCAGUGUCAACAUGUCGUCCCGGUGUGUGUUCUUCAUCGUGCUUUCACUUUGCGGUCUGCGGAUGGGAACAUCAGCACAGGGUCGCCACGUGCAGGUGGUGGAGGCGGUCACGGGUGGGAACUACGUGCUUCAGUGUACAGCUGAAGCCGAACCAGGCGUCAACUACACCUCAUUGCGAUGGUACAAGUUUGGAGCUCCUUUGGAGUUGGCUCAUCCAGGUCUUGAGGUCCAGCAGCUUCCCAAUAACGUCAUGAGCAAGUACGUUCUCUUAGAGCGUGAGGUGGAGCUGCUGGACUGCGCCAUCUUCCUACCCAACGUGACGUGCAACGAUGCUGGCGAGUACAUGUGUCGACUACAAGCACCCAUGGGAGAGCAGGAUAGGAUGGGGGAGGUUCUUCUCACUAUGUCAGAUUGUUCUGACGCUAACAUGGGACAACUGUGGACAGACGUUCAUAUUAUUAUUUUUGCCUCAGCAGCGCUUUUGUUGGCACUUUUCAUCUUCCUGGUAGCUUAUGGAAGUUCAAAGACCAUCCUCCAAGACAGAAAGAAGACACCAAAUCCAAAAAUCUCACUGGAUGCUCCUCUCAAACCACUUGAUAAGAAGGACCUGAUGCUAAUCUCUACUUUAGGUCAACCAUAUUCUCCCAAGAAGUCCACCAUGAAGCACAUACUAUAUGUUUAAAGUGUGUGCAAAUGCCACUUCAAGACAUGGUAUUUAUAUGAUAUGUUUGUGUGAUUGUUUAUGUAUAGUUAAAAAUGUUCCAGUCAUUUUUUUACAUAUUUAUCCACAUUUGUCAUCAUAUAUGAAGUAUUUGUCUACAUGUUGCUGAUACCAUAAUAGGACUUUAUAAUAAAUGUGUGCUAUUUUGGAGAGUUGUCCUUUUGAAUAUCACAGAUGUGUUUCAUGCAAGUCAUGUAUCUAAGUGUGUGUUUGUCUUCUUUACAUUUGUACUAUUUUCACUAUUUUCCAUGCAAUCUGAUUGUUGAUGAAUGAGAUGACUCAGCAGGCAUACAGAGAAGUGAAAAUGUCCUGACAUUAAUCUGAUAAA